AUGUACUUCUUGUCGAUCCUCGCAUUAUUCUCGCUUGCGGUGACGGGCUUGUCCCAUCCAGCAACCAAAGUUUGCACUGUACCCGCUGCUGGUUCGGAGACAAUUGACGAUGCCCCUGCCGUGUUGAAAGCAUUCGAUGAUUGCGGACAUGGAGGGAAAGUUUUGUUCCAAAAUACCACCUACCAUAUCAAUAGUGUGAUGAACACGACUGGGUUGGAAAACUGUGAGGUCGAUCUUCGCGGAACGCUUCUGUGGAGCACAAACACCUCAUACUGGUUAAACCAUUCCUUGCCAGUAGGAUACCAAAACCAAUCAACCGCAUGGCUUUUCGGAGGCAAGAAUGUUCACUUCGACGGCCACGGAUACGGAACAUUGAAUGGUAAUGGACAGGUAUGGUAUAGUACUACCGGAUCAGUAUCUAAUUACCCAGGACGACCACAUGCUAUGACGGUAUCAACUUCUGAUUCCGUGUUCAAUGGCGUGCGGUUUGUUCAAAGCCAGAUGUGGACUCUGUCUAUUAUUCACUCACAGAGGACGUUGUUCGAUCAUAUUUACGUCAACAACACCAAUCACGGCGGUUCGUCUCGCAACACUGACGGUGCAGACACCAUCUAUAGCUCUCAUAUCACCUUUCGCAAUUGGGAGGUAGAUAAUGGGGAUGACAGUAUAAGUAUCAAGGCCAACUCAACAGAUAUUCUCAUCGAGGACUGUUUGUUUCACCGCGGCCUUGGUAUUGCCAUCGGUAGCAUUGGCCAAUACAAGGAUGUGUAUGAGGUCGUCGAGCGGGUCAUCGCCAGAAACAUCACAUUCGAUGGGACGCUGCAUGCAGUUUACUUCAAAACAUGGACUGGGGAACAGGUCAAUUACCCUCCGAACGGAGGAGGCGGCGGCUUGGGACAUGCCUCUGAUAUGGCGUUUGAUGGCCUUGCCGCCACAGCAUUGCGAGGUCCUGCCUUCGCCAUUUCUCAAUGCACCACGUUUUCGGGGGCUGCUGGGAACUGCACAUCCUCCAAAUUUCAGCUGCGUGACUUAUCCUUCAGAAAUAUUGCAGGGACAACGACAAGCGAAGACGUCGCUAGCUUUCAAUGUUCAGCCGUGAAGCCCUGUGAGAAUAUUAAGAUCACCGGUGUAGAUCUGGUUCUCCAAUCCAACGGCACACAAACUGAUGAAUAUUUGUGUGGGAACGUCGAAGGGACACGUGGAUUUAAAUGCACAGGGGAUGUUUGUGUUGGUGGAAGUGCGACUGGUGGCUGCUAA